UAUGCUUUGACUGUUUGUUUUUCUUAUGUACCUUCCUUUUUUGUGUUCCUCAUCAUUCUUAUACUGUUGUUGGCUGCAUUGGCUGAAAGGUUCCUUUCACGAAAAGAGAAAUGGCUGAUGUAGAUAAGGAUUUACGGAUCAUCCUGCUGGGAAAGACUGGAUCAGGGAAGAGUUCAGCAGGAAACAUCAUCCUGGGAGAAAAGAAAUUCCGUGCAAGUUUCUCUUUUGAAUCUGUGACCAGAAACUGUGAGAAGCGUGAAGUCACAGUGUUGGGGAGGAAGAUCUCAGUCAUCGACACUCCAGGACUGUUCGAUACGUCUCUGAGUGAAAAAGAUCUGAAAGCUAAAAUAAAGAAUUGUGUGCAGCUGGCUGUUCCUGGUCCUCACGCGUUCCUGCUGGUGAUCAGACUGGAUGCCAGAUUCACUGCAGAGGAGAGAAACACUGUGAAGUGGAUUCAAGAGAACUUUGGAGAAGAUGCUUUAAAACACACUAUUGUUCUGUUCACUCAUGCAGACCAGCUGGUCAUGCCUUUAGAUCAGUUUAUUAAAGUAAGUCAGCCGUUGGAUCAUCUUAUUAAAAGUUGUGCGGGUGGAUAUCACUCAUUUAAUAACGUUAAUUCAGAGGAUCGCUUUCAGGCUCAGAAACUCGUUGAAAAAAUCGAUGCUUUGGUCAGGAAAUAUUACACCAAUGAGAUGUUCCAGCAGGCCCAGGAGGAGAUAAAUCAAAAGGAGGAGCGAGAGAAAGAAGAGGAGGAGAGGAGGACUAGAGAGAGGGAGGAACAAAUAAGAGAGGAGGAGAGAAAGAGGACAGAAAGAGAGAAUCAGGAAAUGCAGACCCGGUUAAGAAUGGCAGAGGAGGCGAGGAGGAAGUUAGAGGAGGUGUUAGAGGAGAGAAAUAGAAUUUCUGAGGAAAUAAGAAGGCUACAGGAGCAGCAAAAUAGGACGAGACAAGGUGUGAAUAACAGAAGAUCUGGAGAAAGCAGUGAAGAAAGCAGUGGAACUUGUUGUAGAAAACCAUCAGGAACUGUGAUAGGACUUUUGGUAGGGAUAGCUUUGGCCAUCGUGGUAGCAGGAGUGACAAUACCAGUAGCUAUAGUAUACAAAAUUCAUUUAUUAGCAGAAAUUGCAUUUCCAAUUGCAAUCAUAUUUUUACCCCUUAUUGGUUCUCUGAUUGGUUGGAAAUGUAAAAGAAUGAAACAGCCAAGAGAGGGGGAAAGACAACAUUUAAUAAAUUAAUCAUAAAUCAAUAAACACCCAAAACAACAUCAGGACCAUCCCAGAAUUCGCUUCAAAUAUGUAGUAAAUGCACACUCUUGUGGGGACAUUGGGUGGUUAUAUAUAUAUAUAUAUAUAUAGAUAUAU